AGCCCACUUUUAUUUGUAUAUAGCCAAUUUUAUUUAGUGCCGAAGUGGAGUGGGGAAUGGUGGAAUUCCGUUACUUUGUUAAUGCAGGAAUGCAAUUUAAAGGUCAGCGAGUGGGUUUCUCGGAAAUUCAUUCGCGGCACCGGAACCUUUUCUGGCGUGCGGACCCCCAUUUCGAUGUCGGAGAUGCAUUUCUACCUAUUAUUCAGCGCUUUUAGCACUGGUUAUUUACCACGCCGCACCUAG